AUGGCUAAAUUUAUCGCAACAAUUUGUCUCCUGUGGCUGACGAUUCUGACGCUGGUCGGGUUCGCCGCACGACCGGCGAUGGCCCGCCGGCACCCGUUGCUGAUCGAGGACGAAGGAGCACGCCGCAAUCGGCCCGCAGAGUGCCAGUUUGGAAAGACCAUACGCGAGCUGCAUACGACCUGGUUCGCCGAUUUGGGCCCACCGUUCGGUGUCAUGUACUGCAUCAUGUGCGAGUGUGUGCCGUUCCAGAAAAAGCGUCGCGUGGUAGGGCGCGUCCAAUGUCGCAACAUCAAGAACGAGUGCCCGAAGCCGAGCUGCGACGACCCAAUCCUGCUGCCGGGAAGAUGCUGCAAGAUCUGUCCGGGAGACGCUCAGAGUCCUGACGUGGUAAAAGAUCUUCCCCAAGCAACGAUGCCGGAAGAGGAGGAACGCAGCAAACAUUUUGCAGCCUUGCUGACCGGACGCACCUCAGCGACCCUAAAGCGAGAUGACGCGGGUACGAUGUACUCUACGCUCAACCCGCAGAACAUUGUGGCAACCGGGCGGUUCUCGUUCCACAAGAAGAACCUAUACUACAGCUUCUACGUGUCGGAGCGGGCAGCUCGACCCCGUUCGAUUCAGUUCGUGCACGCGAACGGCAACAUCCUGGAGGAGCAUACGCUCGCCAUCGCGACGGACGAGGGCCGGUUCAGCGUGUACCAGAACACCACCGGUAAGGUGUGUGGCGUAUGGCGCCGAGUGCCGCGCGAGUACCGUCGUCUGCUGCGGGACGAGCUGAUGAGUGUGGUGUUGCUGUGGGGCGGAAGGCAGCAGGCCGAGCUUGCACUCGCCGGUCCGAUCGCCAAGUAUCCGGCGCUGGCACACGAACUCUUCAGCUCACUGCUGGAACCGGGCAGCUCGGAGGCGGGAGCGAUGGCCGGCGCUGGUGGUACGGCGAUCGUGUCCACCAGCAGCGGUGUUACGUCCUCCAUUCAUCUGACGGUCGUGCUGAACGGACUGUUCGCACCAGAGGACAUCGCCGACGUACCGCUCGCCGUGCGGCUCGAGUCACUCGAGAAGCGCCAGCUGAUCCUGGAAGACGUGCAGCGGGUGAAGAAGCCAUCGCAUGACAUCAACAUACUGGAAGUUUCGUCGCCGGUCUCGGUGGCCGAUCUGCGGUUGCUGACUCGAGGCAAGCUUACGCUCACGGUCGAGUCACGCCGCAACCCAGAUCUGCUACGACUGCAAGGUCCCGUGCGCGGACGCGUCGCCUGCGAGGUCUUCCAGACGCUGCUGAGCUCCCACGGUGCCGAGGCACGGUCCGAUGGCAGUGGCCUAGCCUGGAUGUACCAGGCCCGCGACGGCUCGCUCGUGUAUCAGGUGCAGACGCACAAUCUGCCCCUCCCUCCGACCGCCAUCACGCUGCUCGACGACAGUGCGAAGCGGAAGCCAGAACUCGAGACCCUGACGCGAGUCUUCGCCGGAGAGCAGGCGACCGGCGCCCUGGAUCGGAUGGGACCUCGCAUCCUGGAGCCGCUCUACUCCGGCGAUCUGGUGAUCCAGGUGGCGAGCGAUCAGAAUCUCACGCUGCUCCACGGCAAGUUCGUGACGCGUCAGGUAGCGGACGCACGCGACACCGGCGCCCCGGUCCUACUCCGCCGUGGUACGCCCUCCGGCGAGCAGCAGCCACCGGCGAUGCUGGCACACGCUGUCGGCAUGGCCUGGAUGGCGGUCGAUAACGAGUGUGCCCUCCACUACGACCUCUCGCUUGCCGGCAUCCCAGCCGCCUUCCAUCCGCUUCAGCUCAUCCUGGAGGAGCUCCCGCUCGAGGCACCGAACGCGCCCAGAAGUCGCCGCCUGCUGGAGGACUUUGGCGGCAACCAGCUGGAAGGGUUCGCGCUCACACUCGCUCCCGCCGAGCUGGCGAAGCUCGAGACGAGCGUGCUCUACCUGGAGGUGCGCUCGAAUGCCACCGCCGAUCCGAUUCUGAGGUCCCGCCUGCGGAACAACCCGCGCGUCCCCAACCACUGCACCGGCUCCGGCCACAACGACAACGAGGUGCAGCAGCAGUACCAUCCGUACACGCCCAACGAUCACCAUCCGGCGGCCAUCGCACCGCCCGGCAGCGGCAAGUGCUACCACUCGGGACGGUUCUACGACGAUGGCGAGACCUGGCGCAGCACCGUCGAGGCCUGUACCAUGUGCUCGUGCGAUCACCACCAGUAUCGCUGCGAGAAGAUCAAGUGCCCACCGCUGAGAUGCCGCAAGGAGGACGUCGUCCACAGCAAAGGCGACUGCUGCCCGACCUGCAGAAGUCCCAGCAACAACAUACCUACGAUGGCCCCCUCGACCUCCGGCAGUUCGACGGCGGCCCGCGGUUGCAACUUGGGCGAAGAGUUCCACGAAGCUGGCUCGAGCUGGCACCCAUAUCUGCACCCGAGCGGCUACGAGGUCUGCACCACCUGUACCUGCGAGCUGUUCACGCUGCAGGUGAAAUGCACCCGCGCCCAGUGUCCACCGCUGACCUGCAGCGACAAGGUUGCCUACCGACCGGACCGCAAGGCCUGCUGCAAAGUGUGCCCAAUCGUAAGUGUAAAGGAAGUGACCAAGAAGGCACCUGCGGACGGCCGGAUUCAGCACGAUGAGACGCGCGGUCCGAACGGGACGCUCGGGUCGCCCCAGGCCAUUCUGGACGCCGGCGGUUGCCGGCACGAAAUGAACAUCUACGAGAACGGCCAGGAGUACCAUCCGAUUUUGGCGACGCACGGCGAGGAGAAGUGCAUCAAGUGCCGCUGCAAGGACGGUCAGCUGAACUGCAACCGGAAGCGAUGCAAUCGCGCCAUGUGCAGCCGACAGAACGGAAGGCGCCAGCAGCAACCCGUUGACGAGUGCUGCCAGUGUCGGCCUGCUCGCCACCACCGGAAGCGACAGCAGCAGCAGCAGCAGCAGCACCAACAACAGCAACAGCAACAGCAGCAGACUAGCAUCAAGAGUUGA